GGGGGCGGACCCGCCCGCAGCCGGCGUAGCUGGGGAGCCCGCCAGCUCGCACUCGGUCUCUCGACGGGGCAGGCAUGGGAGCCGCGUGCGCCCUCCCGGGGCCCACACCUGUCUGAGCCGCGCAGCCAGCCACGGCCGGGGCGGGCUGCUCCGCGCGGAAUGGUGCUCAGCAUGGCAGGGAUCCCAGGGCUCCUCUUGCUUCUCCUCCUCCUGCUCUGUGUUGUGGGGCAUGUGAGUCCCUACAGAGCCUCCUGGAAACCCACUUGGCCUGCUUACCACCUCCCUGUUGUCCUGCCCCAGUCUACCCUCAAUUUAGCCAAGCCAGACUUUGGAGCAGAAGCCAAAUUGGAAGUGUCCUCCUCAUGUGGACCACAGUGUCACAAAGGAACUCCACUGCCUACAUAUGAAGAGGCCAAGCAAUACCUGUCUUAUGAGACACUCUAUGCCAAUGGCAGCCGCACAGAGACUCAAGUGGGCAUUUACAUCCUCAGCAAUGGUAGACAUGGGACUCAACACCAAGACUCAGUGUCGUCAAGAACAUCUCGGAGGAAGCGACAGAUUUAUGGCUAUGACAGCAGGUUCAGCAUUUUUGGGAAGGACUUCCUGCUCAACUACCCUUUCUCAACAUCAGUGAAGUUAUCUACAGGCUGCACUGGAACUCUGGUGGCAGAGAAACACGUGCUUACAGCUGCGCACUGCAUACAUGAUGGGAAAACCUAUGUGAAAGGAACACAGAAACUUCGAGUGGGCUUCCUGAAGCCCAAGUUUAAGGACAGUGGUCGAGAGACUAACACUUCAAACUCAGCCACACCAGAGAAGAUGAAAUUUCAAUGGAUCCGGGUAAAACGCACCCAUGUGCCCAAGGGUUGGAUCAAGGGCAAUGCCAAUGAUAUUGGCAUGGAUUAUGACUAUGCCCUCUUGGAACUGAAAAAACCCCACAAGAGAAAGUUCAUGAAGAUUGGGGUGAGCCCUCCUGCUAAACAGCUGCCAGGGGGCAGAAUCCACUUCUCAGGCUAUGACAAUGAUCGACCAGGCAACUUGGUAUAUCGCUUCUGUGAUGUCAAGGAUGAGACCUAUGACCUGCUUUACCAGCAGUGUGAUGCUCAGCCUGGGGCCAGUGGCUCGGGGGUCUAUGUGAGGAUGUGGAAGAGACAGCAGCAGAAGUGGGAGCGAAAAAUUAUUGGCAUCUUUUCAGGGCACCAGUGGGUGGACUUGAAUGGUUCUCCACAGGAUUUCAAUGUGGCUGUCAGAAUCACUCCUCUCAAAUAUGCCCAGAUUUGCUAUUGGAUUAAAGGAAACUACCUGGAUUGUAGGGAGGGGUGACAUAGCAUUCCUCCUCCUAGGAGCACUUAAUGAUCUUUAUGUACUCAUCGUAGGAGAGGCCAAAUUUUAUCACUGGCUUGUGUGCGCGUGCACACGCGUUUAUGUAAUGUGUCAUGAUAUCCUUUACUUUCUCAAAAUGCAAAAUGACUGAAUUUAUUAUUUGAAAACUGGUUUGUGUAUCAUAUCACUUAAGCAGUUUGAAAGCAUACUUUUGCAUAGAAGUUUUUAAAUGCUGUUGUUUGGGGCAAUAGGAAAUAUUUGGCAAUUAAGUUAAUGUUUCACUUUUCUUGAGAAUUUUUGAUUUUCAUUUCAUCUGAGCUUAUUUCAAAAGUUUGUAUUAAAUAAGUGGCAUACAGGAAAUAUGAAUUAUUAUGUGCAUAUGUUUGUGAUUUCUUAGGUUUAUAUCUUGAUAUUUUUUAAUGUCUGAUUAAUGCUUUCAGAUGAUAGUGUUCCCACCGCAUAUAACUUUUACAAAUUUUCACAAAACUUCUUAGACAAUAGUAGUAUUUUGGAUUAGGAGGCAUUUAUGUGAUAGUCCUUUAACAGUAAUUUAUUGGCUAAUAGUAAUACACAAACUAUAUCUCACAAUAAAAGCACCCCAAAGCUGCUCUUAAUUUUGAAAAUAGUUUCUCUUCCAAAGACUGUUGCUCUGCGUUUUGGGAAGUCUUUACACAUAUCUCUGCCAACUUUACAGUCACACCAGAGUAGACAAGAUCAUUUAUCCUAAUUUUUUCAUUUAAUAAGAGUUCACUUACAUUUCUAGAGCUAGUUGUUUUUCAAAAGGCAGCAAUCAAGACUUAAUUAGAACAGGCUGUAUUGCUUCCUAGCUAAGUUAUGAGCACAAUAAAAAUAAGAACAGCAUUUUACCCCUGAAAUGUAGCACAUCUCAUGUUUUAUCAUUUGGAUAGAGUAAUUUAAAAUGAAUUAAAUUCCAGAGAACAAUGGAUGCAUUGCUCAGCAGAUGUCACAACAGAAUAACCACUUGUUUGAAGCCUGGCACAGUCAUGCAGCCUAAUCAAAAUUAUUCUGCAUAGUUUUCUCUGUGCUUUCAGAGAGUUGUGUAGUUGUUUGAUUUCAAAACUUUCUCUCUUGUUAUAUUUAUCUUAUAGUACUGCUUGGAAGUUGCUUUAAGAAGCACCAGUGUGUCUCUCUCUACCCAAGCUUUUAAAAGGCACGUUUUUCUGGAAUGCUUUAGGCUAUAGGCAUGUAUGUAAUCAGGUACAACGGUGAAAAAUGAAAAUUUGGAGAAUAUAAAAUGGGUGAGGAUCAUGUACUCCAAUAAAUGUUUUAUACAUAUGAUAAUCAUAGCAUAUAAAGAAAAGACUUGCAUUUAUUCUAUGCUUUUGAGUCUCAGCCUAAGCACUUUUAAGUACAGAAAAAAAUAGCAAAUGAAAUAUGAGGCAAAAUUUUGUGUUUUUGUACUCUGAAUAAUAGCCUAUUUUGUGGCUGUGAAGAUAUUCAAAUACAGGACUAUCACUAAAACACUCUUCUGGGGCUUGAGUUUUUUAGCUUUUAAAAAGGAUAAUCCUGAUCAGGCACUCAAGACAUGUACAACCAUUGCUUUCGUCAGUUCACAUAAGAAAUGCAUAGCACAGAGAGGCAGAUGCCAGGAAUCUUCUGAGUUGCAGUCCAAUUUGCUUUGGAAUCUAACAGGAAUCUUGCCUGAAGAAGAAGAGAGGUCUCCAUUUCUGUGUCUAGUAUUUGGGGUUUUCUGUUUGCUUUUGCUUGAUGAAAAAAAAGUGUAACUGAUUUUUUGAUAGAUGCUCCUUUUACAAAACUCCUUUCUUUCUUGACUUUCAUCUUACAAAGUUAGUGACACAAAAACAAAAUAAUAUUAAUGCUUAGUUCACAAGAAGCUCUAGUAUACUAACGAAUAGUAUCCACUUACUAUCAUUCAUAGAUCUGUAAAAUUAUAAAGUAAUUUAGUAUGUCCAUCUUUUCAGUGGUAAUGGGAGAAAACAUGUUAUUAGACUAUCAUAAUUGUGAGGGAAAGCACUCAUUAAUAUAAAUGGUACUUUACAUGUACUGGAUAUGUGUACCAUAAGUAUAUUCCUAGCAAGGAUAGGAAAAGUUGUUUCUCACGAUAUGUCACAAGUGUCCCUUCAGACUUUCUAUCAAAAAUAAAAAGGAUACUGUCCUCAGGUAGGAGGGAGAUGCUUCUCAGAAUUCCCUGUUUUUGUCAGGGAUUCACAUGCCUGUUUGCACAUUAAAAACUCUGGAAAAUCCUAUAGUAAAGAGACUUGUUCUUAUUUUUUAAAUAUGUAUUUCAAUAAACAUCUUUGACCGCAGAA